AGCUACAGACUCCCCAUGCCCUAUCCUGGCCAGGCAGGACAGAGCUUUCGGAAUACAUCCUCGCCCACAACCGGGGUCCAGCAGCCUGCCCUGCACCAACACCCCGCCCCACUCAGCUCGGCGACCCGCCGGGAAGAUGGCGGGCAGCCACACAGCGCCCCGCCCCGGGCGCACCAAUCCCAGCGCGGGGCGGUGCCGAGGCCGGAGCCGCUGUGGCGCCGUCCCAAGAUGGCGGAGUACGUGCAGGUGGUGAAGCGGGCGUUCAAGCACCUCGGUGGCCACGGCGGCGUCCGCGGCGCCGUCUUACAGCUGCUGAGGGUCAAUGAUUUGAAGACUGGUACGCUGGUAGGAGUUGACAAAUACGGAAACAAGUACUAUGAAGACAGAAGAAACUUCUUUGGUCGACACAGAUGGGUUGUAUAUACUACUGAAAUGAAUGGCAAAAAUACAUUUUGGGAAGUUGAUGGAAGCAUGGUGCCCCCCGAAUGGCAUCGCUGGCUUCACUCAAUGACGGAUGACCCUCCAACUACUCAUCCUCCAGUUGCUCGUAAAUUUAUCUGGGAGAACCAUAAGUUCAACCUGAGUGGUACUCCUGAGCAGUACGUCCCUUACUCUACCACGCGCAAGAAGAUACACGAGUGGAUCCCACCUACAACACCUAGCAAAUAAGAGCCAAAACAACAAAAAAAAGUGAUUUGCCUUCCACUUUGGCUUUCAAUGUAAAUUGUACUUUCGCUAGAUUAUUUAAAAUAAAAGCUUCCUCUAACUGC